AUCAUCAGAAAGUUUUUGGCUGCGACAUCCAACUGCGAAACUCGGCGUGGUUGCGGGAAGCUACUAACUUUAACCUGUGAUUAGCCUAUCUAACGUCAGAAAACGCUGCGCUGGUUAUGCAGUUAAACCAGAGAGGGUUGAAGCGAAGGAUCUUUGGUUUAACUAGUCAUAAUUAUUUUAACGGUUGGUUGAUGUCUAGGCCUGCGUUUCCUCUUCGCUUUAUCGCUGAACCUGCAAAUGUGCAAUGGUAGCCUACGUUCACGGCUGCUAGCGUGACCAAAGUCGCUACAGUUGUUGUUCAAUGAAAGCAUGGUUUUGUCUUUGAACGAGCCGGAUUGCCUGAAUCUCAAUACUGAAAUGGAGCAGCCAUGUCCUCAGCCCACAGGCCUGAGUGGUGAACAGCAGGUGGCGCUGCUGGGUCAGAUAGUGGAACAAGUGGACCUGAAAGAAGAGGAACAACAAGAAUCACAAGAUGAUGUUCAGGCACCUCAGAGCAUACCACAGCAGGAGGGAGGAGAGGAAACUGCACUGAACGCUGGCCCUGAACUGGAACCAGCCUCCAACGAUGCUCCAAGCACCUUCCCAGUUCCCAUAGAGUCUUUGUUGUUGCGGCCGUUCAGUUUGAGGUCACCUGAGGAGAAAAAGGAUAUCGUAGCUCGAGGCCGCCCGACUCCGGACCUCAAAAUGAUUCAUUGUUUCAAUUCGUGGCAUUACAGCAGAAUACCAUGGCUGACGGGGUGUCCCAAAUCAAACCAGCUCUACUGCUGGCCGUGCUCACUCUUCUCCGCCGAAAGCUUAGUCUGGACCACAGGGUUUUGUGAUCUGACUGACCUACCCAAGGUCUCAGAGCAGCACGAGAGCAGCUUCCAACACAUCAGUAACAUGAUGCAGCUGCACACUCUGAAGCACGAACGUCACAUCAGGCAGUCGGUGUCAACGCAAGCUGAGUUGUCUGCGGAGCAACAGGACAAACACAGACAGAUUCUGAAAGUACUGACUGAGGCGGCCAUCAUUCUUGGCAGCCGGCAAUAUAACCCUCUGUUUGAAGAGGAAGACUCGGAAGAAGAAGAUGAAGACUUAUCAGCCUUUGUCAAACUUGUCAAGUCCCUAGUGAAGGACAAUGAUAGGCUUGCAACUCACAUAGACCCUGACUCCUUCUUCUCAGGUUUGUCAGAUGACCUCGAGGACAGGCUGACGGAAUCUGUGGAAUAAGUGGUCUUGGAUGAGAUCAAAGCAGAAAUAAAAGAUGCCGACUUUGUGUCUUUGAUUCUACACGAAACCACCGAUGACUCAUGGGACACGCAAAUCGCAACAGUCCUGAGAUACGCAACUAAAGAGGGGCUUGCACAGGAGAGGUUUGUGGAGUUCACAGAUGCGAUGGAGAAAUGUACCGCCAGUGCCCUGGCAGAGUAUGUUCUCACCUUUCUACAGAAAAUGGACUGUGGCGACAAGUUGGUUGCUCUGUCAUACAGUGGACAAGCCGUCACAUCAAGCCAAAUCAGUGGCCUUGUCGCCCAACUAAAGGAACGGUACCCGUGGGUCAUCUUCGUACAUUGGUGUGCACUGGAGCUGAGUGUAGCCGUAACUCAAGCGUGCCACUCUAUCAAAGAUGCUAGCUUGUUUUUGGGAGUCUUACAAGACCUCAGUACGUUCUACUUAAACACAUUCCUGCAACGCAGCGAGGCCCUGGACAACAUUGUUAGAAGGCGCGCCUCAAGCACAGCGCCUCUUCUUUGGAAUAACAUCUCACACAUGGUGAAGACGAUGAAGGAGCACAGCGAAUCGGUGAUCGAGUUGUUCGUCGAGAUCCUAGACAAUGAACUGGUGUUGGACCGGGACUCCAAUUUCCGGGCUUCAAUGCUUUUGGAUCUAGUUGUGGAGCCCAAGUUCAAGUUCCUGCUGGAGGUAUUUUCAGCCGUUUUCUUUCGUAUGGAGGCGUUUGGAGAUGCCCUUCAAAGAAACGGUGUGGAAACCGCAUGUAACGUGAGGGCUUUGAAGAGAACACUAGAAGCACUGACAGCAAUGCAUAGUGACUUUGAUUCCAUUUUCUCUCAGACUGUGGAGCCAGUGGACAGCCCCGCAAAGAAAGGAAAAUGGGAAGAAGAGACUAAGAAGGUUUUUCAUGGCCUUUACGUCAGUGUUCUGGACACACUCACCUCGCAGUUAGAAGUGUGGUUCGAUUCCCUGGCAAAUAUGACAUUUACCGAACUGCUCGACUUCUCCAAGUUUAUGGCCUACAGCGGAACAUUUCCUGAGGAAGCAUUCAGGUGUCUGAAGGAAACCUAUGGAAGGUUUUUCGACUUUGCUCUUUUGCGAAAUGAACUUCAGGUGCUCUAUUCUUCAUACCAGUUUGAGAACAAGAACUUGUGCGAAUCACUCGCCUUCCUCCACUACACUGGCCUGAGCAGCUUCCUAACACAAGUGUCCAAACUCUGUGAACUGAGCCUGACCAUGCAACUGGGCAUCACGAAGCAAGAGGACUCCUCUUCUGUUUUGAGAAGAAUCGAAGCGUUCAGGGAGUUCGCCUCUAGACGGGGGAGUUCACCGCUCAUGACUAUCGAGAGGAGGAUGCUGCACAGGAUGCAGGACUCCAAUGGCUUCCAUGGCCGCGUUGGUCGCCAGUUUGCCGAUGUAGUUGACCUCACUUUCAAAUGAGGGGUGACCAUGUGAAUGGCAACCUCAGCCCAAAGUAACGGUGGCUCCAGAGAGGCAGUCCUUUCUCUCUACCGUACAGACUACUGGAGAGCUCUUUACCCAGAGUGCACUUCACCUCAGACCACUGGAGACCUCUUUACCCAGAGUGCACUUCACCUCAGACCACUGGAGACCUCUUUAUCCAGAGUUCAGUUCACCUCAGCUUUAAAACAAUACUGUCUGGCGGCAGAUCUGGUGUGUGAGAGCGUAUAACUGAUCAGUCUCUUAACUGUUCUACAUUUAUAACUGAUCAGUAUCUUAACUGUUCCACAUUUACAACUGAUCAGUCCCUUAACUGUUCCACAUUUAUACCUGAUCAGUAUCUUAACUGUUCCACAUUUAUACCUUUUAUCAGUAAAAAAAUGAGUAGAUGCCGUGUGUUCAUACCUACAGAUUUAGUAGGUUUUGUUCAUUCUUCAUUGUUUGUUUGUGUGUUUUAUUUCUUUUGGCAGUUUGUCUGUCUUGACCAAGUUGAGUCUGAGGAGAAAUACUCUGUAACAUGACUGUAACGGCUUACUGUUGCCUAUCAAUAUAAUGGCACGUUUCCGUCCGAAUUUAGCAGCUUAAAUCUUGGUUAAUUAUGGUGCGUAGUUCAACUUCAAGUGGUCCUCUGAAUCCAACUGGUUUGCAUGUUUUGACAGUGCGAUGCUCGACACACUGUAUAAAGAGUGGAUAGUUAGACGACUGUUAAAUUUUAACAUGGUUCAAUAGACCUUGUGUGUAUACAUGGUGACACUGUCAUUUUGUUUGUAAUAAACCAGUGUUAAACUGUUU